AAUUUGGUGGCCCUGGUUUGAGACGUCAAUGGCUCGCGGUUGUUGUUCAUGUUAUUUGUAGUAGUUUUAAGAUAAUAAAAGGCAAGUGUCGCAACCGCGUAGAAGGGAUCGUUCUGCAAUUUUCGCGUCGGAAUUUCGUUGCAAUGGCUGAAAAUCGGGACGCGGUACUGGCUGACUUUCAGGCUUGCACUGGAAUCGAUGAUUUCGGGGAGGCUAUCCUAUAUUUGGAAGAGACGAAUUGGGACCUAUUGGCUGCAAUAAAUAAAGCCAUGCCCCGCGGUACGCAACAGUUACCCUCUGAAAUGGCUCCGGAUAUAGAAAUGAUAGAGGAAAUUAAAGCGACUCCACGCUCCGCCUCGUCAUCGAAGAUACAAACGCCCCAAAGUUCGAGAAAGAUAGCAAUAAAAGCGGCCGAUGCGACGAGUGCGGAGAGUGCGAAGCCAGGAACGAGUAGACCUAAGAGUUGCAUGAGGAACAGAACACUUACAUUCCACAUUAAUUACUUAGAUAAUGUUCACAAGAUAAAUCUGUCCGAGUUAUCUACUUUGAGGGAUCUUAAGCAAUUUAUAUGGCACAAAACGAGCGUGGCGCCGUGUCAGCAGCACCUGCGAGGAUGGAAGAAGGAACCCCAAGGCUUGCACACGACGCUGCAGACGCUGGACCUGCCUAGAGAAAACACGCUGUACCUGUCGUCGUUCUCGCAGGACGGCGAUCUCGCCCACGAGACCAAACCUAACGUUUCCCGUUCAAGCGUGAGCGUCUCAGGUCGCAUGACUCAGACUUACACGUUGAAUGUAAAAGACGAAGUACAUAACGAAACGUACAAGCUGAAGUUCCCCGGUACACGCACCGUGUUAGAAGUAAAGACGGACGUUUACUCGCUAACAGAUGUGCCGGUGCGAAAUCAGCAGUGGAAGGGCUGGCCUAGUUCGCUAAAGGACGAUAACGUAGUACUGGCACAGAGCGGGAUUUGUUAUCCGGAGCACGAUCUGUCGGUCGGAAUGCUUCCCGCGAAGGAGGAGAAGAAGAAGGUUGUAGAUUUAAUUGACAGCGAUAGUUCUAUAGAUGAGCCGGAGGACGCGGAGGAGUUCGAGGACGCGUCCGAACCGUUUAACGUCGAGGACGAUAUUUUCAUAGACGAUGUCAAGUCUACUAAAGUCGAACGUCUCAUGCCGGAAAACGUAGUGGAUGAGAUAAUGGGCACGCUACACUUCGCGGAACAAUUCGAGAAGCGAUACGGCCCGGCGCAUCCGGAAUUCUUCGCCGGUACGUUCGAGGACGCUUUAAAGGAAUCGUGUCUGAAACCGGCGAAAGAGAGAAAAUUAUUGGCUGUAUAUUUGCAUCACGAUAACAGCGUGUUGGCAAACGUGUUUUGCACGCAGUUACUAGGCUUCGAGACGGUGCUGCAACUUUUAUCGGCGAAUUUUAUAGUAUGGGGUUGGGACAUCACGUACGAAUCUAAUAAAGAAAGAUUUCUAUAUUCCGUAACCCAAACCCUUGGUACCGUCGGUUCACUGGCUAUAUCGGGCAUAGACGUUGACACCUUGCCGGUCCUCAUGAUCAUCAUGAGAUCUAGAUCCAACACGGAGAUAUUUACGAUCGUGCACGGCAAUGUCGGGGUCAACGAAUUACUAACAAAUUUGGUACAAGCCGUAGACAUAUUUCAGGAACAGAGACGAGCUGAUAUUGGUGUCGAGGAAGAACGACAAGCUAGAGAAAGAGUCAAACAGGAACAAGAUAGAGCGUAUCAAGAAAGUUUAGCUGCCGAUAGAGCGAAGGAGGAAGCGAAACAGAUGCAAGAGGAGCUCGAGAAGAAGCAGAAGGAGCAAGCGGAGAACGAGAGGCUAGCCGAGGAGGCGAGGAAAGAGGCCCACCGGCAGGCUGUAGAAUCUAGUUUACCACCCGAGCCGCAGCAGGGGGCGGGCGACGGUGUGAUGAAGGUGAGAGUGCGGCUUCCGGCUGGGAAAUUCCUGGAACGUAAAUUCCAACCGGACACGCCGCUCCAGACGCUCUUCAAUUUUCUCAUUGUCGAGGGCUACCCCACGGAAGAAUACAAACUGCUGUCCAGCUGGCCUCGAAGGGAUGUAAGUAGAUGAUCUAACAUCCAUGGACUCGAAGCUCACGUUGAUGGAACUAAAAUUUUGUCCGCAGGAAACGGUAAUUUUAGAGGAACGAUAAGAAGUAACUGUAAUUAAAUUCAAAUGUAGGAAUUAAGUGUCGCGAGUAUCUUUAAAAAAAAAUGUAUUUAUUUAACAACCUUUCGAAGUAGGAAAUAUUGAGUUCUGUUUAUCUUGCAAUUAUACAUUUUUACGCUGAACUUUUCUCGUACGAUAAAGUCGUAUAUACAUAUGACGAAUGUAAUUUUAUUUUAUAAAAAAGUUCUUCUCA